GGGACGCUCGCGCGGCUGUAGUUCCGUCAUCCUGCUCGUCUCCGAGGCUACGGGGGGCCAAUGUUGAUUUGGAUGAAUUCCCGUCGCUGUCGGACCCCGCCGAGGUUUUAUUUUCAUAAAAGCUGGGUGCUUUAGCUAUACGUGACAGGCUUUCGAGCAUUAACAGUGCGAAGCCGCCGUCGCUGUUGCUGUUUUUUUGGGCUGGGGGAGAGGUGGGGAGCCGGGGGGCCUCGCUCGCUCGCUCGCUCGCUCGCGGGGGCUGCAAGAGGGACGGAGGACUGGAUGCUCCGUGUUCAGGCCGACUGCGCCGAGCUUGGCCUAACGGUCCAGCGAAGCCCCGACCACCGAGGUACCACAGCGACAGCUCCCCGUGGAUUUAAGCUCGAUUACUGUCACCGGCUGUCGAUGACCGUGCAGUGAGUGAGCUAGCCUGUCCGGCCGUGGCACCGCAUCAGCAGCUGCCGCGGCAUUAACGUUCAACACCUCGGAGUUAACGUGUGGCACAACUGGAUUUGGGAGGCGCCGCUCAGCCCUUAUCGAGUGGAGACCGGCUCGAGGAGGCUGCGGGGCGGCCGAAAGCCACGGAUCGCCCGUUGACUGGUUGUCAUCAUGGGCAACGCGCCCACGGCAAGAAAGGGCAGCGAGAUGGAAAGCGUAAAGGAAUUCCUUGCUAAAGCCAAAGAGGACUUCCUCAAGAAGUGGGAGAAUCCUGCACAGAACACUGCUUGCCUGGAGCAGUUUGAGAGGUUGAAAACCCUGGGCACGGGUUCAUUUGGCCGUGUUAUGCUGGUGAGGCACAGAGAAACCGGACAGCAUUACGCCAUGAAGAUUCUGAACAAGCAGAAGGUGGUGAAGCUCAAGCAGAUAGAGCACACUCUAAAUGAAAAGAGGAUUCUUCAGGCCGUCAGCUUUCCUUUUCUGGUGCGGUUAGAAUACUCAUUCAAGGACAACACUAACCUCUACAUGGUGAUGGAAUAUGUACCAGGUGGAGAGAUGUUUUCCCAUCUACGGAGAAUUGGCAGAUUUAGUGAGCCUCAUGCUCGGUUCUACGCUGCUCAGAUAGUUCUGACCUUUGAGUACCUGCACGCUUUGGACCUGAUCUACAGAGACUUGAAGCCUGAAAACCUGCUGAUAGACCAACAGGGCUACAUACAGGUGACAGAUUUUGGCUUUGCCAAACGUGUGAAAGGCCGGACCUGGACACUGUGUGGCACGCCAGAAUAUCUGGCCCCGGAAAUCAUCCUCAGCAAGGGAUACAACAAGGCUGUAGACUGGUGGGCAUUGGGCGUCCUGGUUUAUGAGAUGGCGGCAGGUUACCCCCCUUUCUUUGCCGACCAGCCCAUUCAAAUCUAUGAAAAGAUUGUAUCAGGAAAGGUGCGUUUCCCAUCUCACUUCAGCUCAGACCUGAAGGACCUCCUGAGGAACCUGCUACAGGUGGAUCUAACAAAACGUUACGGGAACCUCAAAAACGGUGUCAAUGACAUCAAGGGACACAAGUGGUUUGCAACCACCGACUGGAUUGCCAUCUAUCAGAAAAAGGUGGAAGCUCCGUUUGUCCCCAAGUUCAAGGGACCAGGCGACACCAGCAACUUUGAUGACUAUGAGGAGGAGGAGAUCCGCGUCUCCUUCACUGAGAAAUGUGCCAAGGAGUUUGCUGAGUUCUAGAGUUAGAGUGCGACAGAGGAAGAAAGGAGGAUGUAGGGAGAGUCAAAGGUAGGCUGGUCAAGUGGGAGCCAUCAGGAGAGAGUACUGUCUCCUGCCCAAUCACAAGCACCAGCUACAAAAAGAAGUAAAAUGGGAUAGAGAGCAAGGAGACUGAAAACCAGCAGUGUUGCCUUUUCUGUUGCUUUUUAUUUAUAAUUCUGUUUUAUUUAUGGAUCCCUUUAUUAUGAAGGUGUGUUUCAGAUUCAUGGGUCUUGGAACCCCCAUUAUUUAGUGUUGCCUCUACACAUUUCACCCAGAUUCUUCCUCUUACAUUUAUUGUUGUAUUCAUGUUUUACUCACUUUUGCGCCACAUUUUAGAGAAAUUAUUUGGUCUGUUCCAAUUCUACAGCAGCCUGAUAGUCGUUACCACGAAUCUUGUACACCUUAUAGGCUCGGUCUGCAGCCGUUUCUUACAUUUAAACUGAUUAUUGACUAACUCACUCGGUCCCUGAGUAGAUUAAACUUUUGAAUAAAUAACACAAAAGCACUUUCAGCAUACGUAACGUUAUGUUUGCAGGUUUGUCUUAAUUUGUUUCUUAAAUAUAUAAACCUGGACCGCCUCAUAUCACACGUCACUAGCAUGAUGAGCUAAAAGGAGAAAAACUGUUGCAUUAAAUUCCAGUCUGCAACAGGGGAUGCCUAAAGGGGCAAAAACAUCUAUUACGUUUACUGUGUAGCUCCAUCUACACUUCCCAUGAUUGUUGCAUAUCCAGGCUUUGUGCAUAUCUGCACCGCUCACUUUUUACAUGUUAUUAGAUACUGUGGCUCUGGUGAUGUCAUUUCAUGCUAAUAAAUGAGGCUAAAGGAACAGGAAUAUCUCAGUUUAAUGGUGUUGUAAAGGAACACCCACAUAUUGGUAUCUCAGGUUUGAACAUAUCACUUACUAGAUGAAGCAUUAGGGUCAGUAGGUAAAGACAAUGUGAGGAACUUGUUUAAGAUAUAGAGUAGAUUUGGAAAUUUAAGAUUUUGGUUUUUAAGAUGAACAUAAGGGAACAUUAAAAGAUUUGGUUAGCGUCUUCCGCAGCUUCCCCUUCCACAAGAUUUGGUUUUGCUGUUGGGUCCUACAAGCACCUGCUGUCUCUCCUUAGACCUCACUAGUUAAAUUCAAUUUGCAUGUUGAAUCAAACAUCUUGGCCAUUGUUACACUCCACGGGAAAGAGGCCGUCAGGGCCAGAUUGUCAUCGCUUACAGCCUGGAUAGUCGACCUUGGCUUUACUGUCUACAGAAAUACAUUCAUAUUCUUCUUCCCACCUCUUCGACCUCACAACCUUUAUUAUUUGCAAAGUUGGACCAAAGUCCAAGUGAUAGUCUUACAUGCCACAACGACUCUUCAUAUCUGUGUUUGAAACAUGUUUGUUGUGUUUGUUUUUCAUGUGGUGGUAAUGAAAAAAAGGACUGACACAUCUGAACAAGUCAGGAAUAAACAGAGCACCUGGAGCUGAACUGAGCUAGUGUUGAGAAAAGACAAAAAUGUUGUCAGUGCAUGGUACAAAACUUGACUCUUUGAGGUGUAUGACACAAAAUACUUCAGGUGUUGAAGGCCUCCUUAGCUCCUGAGCUUCGACGGCAGAGUAUGUAAACAGUGGCCAAAGUGGUGGUCCUUGUAGAAUAUGUUCUUUAAAAUAAAGUAAAACCAAGUGACACUAGUGUCUGUUUCAAACGUUUAAAUGCCUUCUUUUUAGCUGUAUCCUAUUGUGCCACCAUAAUGAAGAUAUUUUAAUUUGGUUCAUACUGUUCAAAUGUGGUGUUUCUGUCAUCAUUUCAGACUUAUUUUACAUGCCGAGUGAAAAAUAGAAAUGGGAAAACAAAAUAAAUGAUCUACCCCUGAUUAUUUUGCAAUCCAAUAAAUUCAAUACCUAUGACUUAUGCUAACAGACAAAAGGGUCCUCGCUGAGACACUGUUCCUCCACCGAAAUAUUAUGCGGUAUUCAUGGCCUCUGAUUCACUCGAAACAUCAUGUGAGUUAAUGGUGACCCUAAAUAGACACUGCAGUGAUUUAGGUCUUCACUUACUCUGAAACACUCCAGCAACAGAAGCUCCAGCAUCCAAACAAUUAGUAAACAUGUAAAGUAAUACAGGGGAACAUGUAAGUCGUGUCUGGCAUUUUCCUAAAGGUACAAUUAAUCAAAUGAGUCUUUUUGGGCCCCUGAAGACCUGGGGCCCAGACAGUGGCGUAAAUCUCCUGGUCUGACUCCGCUUCUUUUUAUAUUCAUUUCUCAACUACAGAGCAUAUGUCUUUUGCUUCCUUUUCAUACAGGGCUGAAAUACUCAUUUAGACAAACAGCCAAUGAACCCAAAAGCAUACUUGCAGACAUUUGGCCACCAAAGCUGCCCAACAUGUGGUCAUGAACUGACUUGUUGGUUGUUUUGGUCUAUUAUUAUUAUUAUUAUUAUUAUUAUUAUUAUUAUUAUUAUUAUUAUUAUUAUUAUUAUUAUUAUUAUUAUUUCAUCUGUGUAAACAACUUGUUGAGACUUCACAUUUGCUGUAUUUCCUCCAUAUCAAGUUUAAUGUUGGCUAUAUCAUCAUGGACAAAAUGUUUUAAGUUAUGAUCCAACAUCAUCUGUGUCUCCUCCAUGUUUUGCAGUGAUCCAAUCGACGCAGGCACAAUGCUGGUACAUACUGUCGCACUUUUUAGGGAAAUGAGACCCCGAUGUAAACCAUGUUAACCCCCGCCCCACGUACUCAUACAGUCAUACACACACUGCAAAAGGAAGUGUCUAAAGUCACGGGAACAGUGACACGAGAUACAAAGUGUAAUAUUUUGCAACAUGAGUAUCAUUCCAAUAAAGUUUUAUUGUAAAAUUCUA